UUACUAUAUUUCCAGAGAGCACUUGAAGGCAGCACCCCAACCCAACCUGUCACCUCCCUCCAUCCACCUGUUGCUCCACAGGUGCGCUCUCACUGGCCGCACGAUGGCGCGCGUUCCACUGGUUGUCUGAGGAUGAAUGUGAUGAUGUGUUCUCUGCUCUGCUCUGCUCUGUGGGGGAACUUGAAGCUGUGCAGGGGUAAUAAUUUGUGUUGCUAUGUGCCCGCUUCGGACCGAGGUUUGGAGGUAUACUGAACGAAGCGCUGCAUUCACCGACUGUGCGUCCUCGUCCUGCACGGAGCAGGACUCCGCUGUAGAAAGACUGCCUUCUCCAGAAUAUGCCUUGUCUCCAUGGUAACAGGCCUCAGGCAGGCCCAGAAAAACGUCGGGCCAAACUCUUGUCCAACCUACCUGAUCCUGGACUGUACUGAAGAGGAUUUCCCUCCCCAAAAAAACAUGCAAUUUGUGAAAUAUUAGUAAUGUUCUCUUUUACUCCUUGUAGUUAUUUUACAAGUUAGAGUGCAUUAACAGUUCCCCCGAGAAUGCCUAAAAUAGUGCUUGAAAAUUUGUCAUUUAUGCAGAGGACAUUGUACACUCUCUAAACGGUCCCCUAAAACCAAGAGGAAAACUUUAUUCAAAAGUUUGCUUUCCUUGAUCAUUAUGUCAGGGAUAUAUUCACACUCAAUUAAGGGUUCUUAAACUGGGCAUUACCAGUCCCAAACUGGUCUGAAAGGAGUCCUAAACCAAGACCAGGAUGCACCAGCUGUUCAGCCAGGUGCUGGGGCAGAGGGAUCUGUCCAGAGCGGGCGAUCUGUUUUCUCUGGAGGACACAGAGAUCGAAGCCUGUUUGUCUCAGGCUCUGGACCAGAUCAAGGCCAUCUCCUGCUCACAGGACUAUUUGACCAAUGACAAUGACCAGGCAGUGGUGGAGAUUUGCAUAACGCGCAUCACCACGGCCAUAAGGGAGACGGGCUCCAUCGAGCAACACAGCACGGCGCUGGUGGGGCUUUGGGAGUCGUGUCUUGAGCAUAACCUCACCCCGCAAGGUGAAAACACAGAGGACACGCCACAUACCAAGAUAGCCUCCGACAUCACCAGCUGUAUCCUGCAGAACUACAGCUGUCCUUCAGUCAUGGUGCUGGCCGUCCCUGUAGCGGUGCGUUUCCUGCAGAGAGGGAACAGGGAGCUGAGCAGGAACAUGUCCAGUUAUCUCUCCCUGGCUGCUAUCGCCAAGGCUGAUCUGCUGGCUGAACACACGGAGGCCAUAACACUCAGUGUGCUGGGAGGUAACCACAUGCUGUUACGAGUGUUACCCUCAGUCUACCCCAGACAACCAGAUACCAUCCACUUUCACCUAGGCAACCUCACUGCGAUGAUGUCACAGCUGGAGUCCCCAGAGCAACAACACCUGAUCAGACUCAUUCAAAUUGUUGCCGAGCAACACCCACUUAUGUUGAGCCCUCAGGUGCCCACACUAGUCAGUUACCUAGGAGACCAAUCCCUAACAGAGGCCCUACUGGGCGCGCUGGUGGACGUGUCACAGGCCAGCCCUUCCUCACUGGUCAGCUUUCUCCCAACGCUGAGGAUUGUGGGACAACAAUGCCCUGCUUUCCUGGGUCACGUAGCCAAAAUCCAUGGUGCCGUGGGUAUCAUCAGUGAGACUCAUGCUCACAGUGUGUUGGUCUACCUGGUGUCCUGUCUGGGCAGCAUGGAGCACAGCUUUCACCACACACUGCUGCUGGAGAUCAGAGCUCUGACCGACCGCUACCCUUCUUUACUGGGAGGCUGCGGUAAAGACAUCUACCGGAUGAGCAACUCGUUCACUGCUAUAGCCCGACUGCUGGGGAGAAGACUGGAGGAGAGCACGGCCAUGCACUGCAGGGUAGAUGAGGCGUGCCCGCCGUCUCCCUGUGCAUCUCUUCCAGGGGCAGGAAGGGGGUCAGAGCAGCGGCUGCAGGUGAAGAUCCAGGCCUUUGAGGAGAAAAUGGGCGAGGAGGGGGGACAGGGAGCGGGGGAGGAGGCGGAGGACUCUCCUGCUCCCCAGCGACGCUACAGCCUGAGCCAAGCCGUCAGGGAGGAGAGACGAGAAAUGAGAUUCAACAGGUCAAAGAGCCUGGCCCUCCACGCUGUACGCUCGCGCUCCAUCAACUCAGACACUGGGGAGGACGGUGAAUGCUUGGAGCCAAGUCCAGAUAACAUCUUCUCCAACACACUGGUGAAUUCACACUCAGAAAACCAGGAAGCCUUGCCCUCUGAGAGGACACUGACGGGUGACGACUCGCUGCUCAUCACAGCCGCCCUGGACAGAGGGGUCAAAGAGGCUGAGAAAGGUCAAAGCAGAGUAAAGGAGGAGGAGGAGCAGGAGGAUGAUGACAGACUCUUCGUCCAUUUAAGAGACAAUAUGGAGACCAUCAGAGAGUUCUGUAGAGACAUGGUGCAGCAGAUCCCCAUACCGGAGCAGUGCACGAUAGAAGAUUCAAAUCGAGGAUGUGUGGCCAAGCUGUCGUUCUCCUGUCCUCUUAAGGGCCACUACUGUCUGUACGCCAAGUCCUGCUUCAACCUGACCAGCCGACAGCCUCAUCUUUGGAUACACAUCAUGCUGCUGCAUCUACAGAGUAAAUCGAGUGUCGCACUGGUCUCCAGGGACGAGUGUGUCCAGAGGCUUGCUUCUCUUUGGGAGAAGACGCAGUUGAAAGGAGCUCACAGCUUCCACAUGGCUAUGACGCAGCACACCACCCCACACAGGAAGGACCUGGACAGUCUCCAGAUUCAGCUGGAGGAGGUGCGUUUCUUUGACUUGUUUGGCUACAGCGAGGAAGAGGGAGGUUGGCUCUGCUUCAUGUGUAACAACCCAGAGAAAGCCACAGUUGUGAACCAGGAGGGACAGCCUCUGAUCGAGGGGAAGCUGAAGGAGAAGCAGGUCCGCUGGAAGUUUAUCAAGCGCUGGAAAACCCGUUACUUCACCUUGGCAGGAAACCAGCUACUCUUCCGGAGAGGCAAAUCAAAGGAUGAGCUGGAUGACAUCCCUAUUGAGCUGAGCAAGGUGCAAAGUGUCAAGGUGGUAGCUAAGAAGCGGCGUGAUCGGGGCCUGCCGCGGGCCUUUGAGAUCUUCACAGACAGUAAGACGUACGUGCUGAAAGCUCAGGAUGAGAAACACGCUGAGGAGUGGCUGCAGUGCAUCAACGUGGCCGUGGCUCAGGCCAAAGAGAGGGAAAACAGAGAGGCUACCACCUACCUGUAACAGGGUAACAGCAACACAGUUAACUAAUGAGGACACAUACUGUACAUGUGCAGACUAUUGACAAUAUGCAUAUAAACUCAUACAUACUGUAUACAGACAAACACAUACACUGAGUAACAUUUUCAAAAACAUCCACUGCCAGUAGCAUAACUUUGUAUGUGUAAUUGGUAGUAUACACCAAUAUUCAAAAACAAUCAAAAAACCUUUUUAUGCAGUACAAAAAGACGUUAAAUAAACCAGCAAUAAGAGACUGUAUGGUCUGUAUCCAGCAGAAUGAGGGAUGUUACUGUGACUUACUGUUACUGUAGACCAUCAUUAAUUAAUGUUACAAUACACAAGUAUUAAAGAUUGAAGUUACACAUGAUCUUCACCUGACUGGAUCUUACAAUACGGACAUUUCAACUUCCUCUGCCUGAGCCCAGACACUACUACGAGCUUCAACAACCAAACAAAACCAGCAUCUGUGGAAACUUGGGAUUUCUGGGUUUAAUGAUGCGUGAUGAUUGAGAUGUAUUUGAGGCCAGAGUAGCAUUUAGCAAUAAAGACUUCAUGGAAGCACCGACCUCAUAAGGACUUGAAGCAAUAAUGAGACUGAACAGUUUCUCUUGAAAGCAGGAAGGAUGAGGAGGAAGAGGAGCCUAAUGGACAGCAGAUGGGAAGGGCAUUCAAUACUGGAAUUGUGUGUGCAUGUGUGUGUGAGAGAGAGUAUGAUGGAGCCUUAAAGGAGUAGUUCAACAUUUUGGGAAACAAGCUUAUUCACUUUCUUGCUGAGAGUCAUGUCUGUACACUAAAUAUGAAGCCACAGCCAGAAGACAGUUGGAAACAGACAGCCUGGCUCUGUCUAAAGGUGACCAUAUCACGCGUACUAGUCAACAACUUAUAUUUCGUUUAUUUAAUCUGUAUAAAAAACAAAGUAAAACGCUUUUUGUGGUUUUAUGGGGGGCUAUGUACGGGACUAUUUCUUGGCCAGGCGCAGUGACUUCCUUGGUUCUCCGCUGGUUGCCUGGCAACCUCAUAGUGACGUAAAGACUUCAUGAAGUCACUGCUCCCAACCAAGAAAUAGUUCCACAUAUAACCCCUUGUCAAACCACAAAUUAUUGAUCUCUGCAGAAAAGCUUGAGCACUGCUCCCACAGAGAUGGUUUGCGGAGCUCACAGAGAGCUGCCGAGACGUGCCACGCACCUCCUGAAAAAUGUUACUACGUGCCAGGCACCGCGGACGGACAAGUACCUCACAUCCGUUACAACAACAACAACCUUAUUAAUUCUAGGCAUAAGAACUCCUCAUCAUCAUCCAAAUCUUCCAUAAUUUUUCCAGCCAUGGAGUUGUGUUGGGCCAAACAUAUAUGUAACUAUUGAAUCACACCUAUCAAAUGAAUCAAAGACCACUGCAGGUCCAAAUCAAAAAGAAAUGACAUGCUAUUCGCAAUCCGCUGCAGUUCUAUGUAUGUCUGCCGUGCGCGAGAGGUGCUUGCACCAGAACAGAACGCAUAGGUGCAAAGCUGCAGAAGUAUAAAUCCGGCAUUAGACAGAGCCUGGCUAGAGGUAUCCCUGUUUCACACCCUUUAUGCUAAGCUAUGAUAACCAGCUUGCUAGCUUCAUCUUUACCGUACAGACAUGAGAGUGAUAUUGAUCUUCUCAUUUAAGGGUGCUUUCACACCAUUAGUUUGGUUCAUUUGGUCCGGACCAAGGGGAAAAAAAUAUAUAUUGUUGCAUUUAAGUUCUGGUUCGGUUUCUGUUCACACUGACUUUUUACAAACGAACCAGAGGAGUUAACAUGAAGUUAUACAGACUGACAGGUAACUCACUGAAUGUCAUCCUGCAUCAUCAGGAUCCACAUGGGGAAAUCAAAUUCUGUUGACUGACAGACGUUUAUGCAGCACUUUAAUGCUUCUGAUGUGUAUAUUUAUGUUCUUUGGUGUGACAAAGAGCUCAUGAAGAAACGACUGAUUAGAACCGUUAUUAGUGAGCUAUUAUUAGACUGCAAGUUGAUUUAUGUUAUGAAUAAUAAUGACUGAACAGGACUGUACAAAAGCCGCUUUGCGUGCUCCCAGAUGACUGGUGGGGGACAUUCACGGACAUGCACAUGAGGCGUCUCGUACAGUGAUGAUUCGGGGCUUAUUACUGUGGGAUCACUAUCACACACUUUUUAAUGGACUUAAUGAACUGACAAAGUACACAGAGUCGGAUACGAGCAUAGCAGUUUUAACAGCUUGUGACCUUUCAAGGAAAAUAUCCACGCUGACGUGCAUAUGUGUUACCAUGGUUACCAAAUGAUAUAUAUACAUGGCCUUAUACAGAUCAAUUAUGAGAUCGCUUCCUG